GGGAUGGUUUGGACAUGACCUCAGUACAAGAUUUAAGAUGGAUAAUAAACUGCAGUUAAUCCCUGGGGCCAGAGGAUUCCGAAUUUCCAACCCUCCCAUUUUGUUGGUCUGUCCCUUGCAUGCUAGUUUAGAGCUCUUUCAGCAAGCAACUAUGACAGCCCUGAGGAGAAAAUCCAUUCUACUGACAGGCUAUCUGGAAUACAUGCUCAAACAAUACCACAACAAAGAGAACACAGGAAACAGAGGACCACUUGUGAACAUCAUCACUCCAUCUAGAGCAGAGGACCGUGGCUGCCAGUUAACACUGACCUUUUCCGUUCCCAGGAAAGGCGUUUUUGAGGAACUGGAAAAAAGAGGAGUCAUUUGUGACAAGCGAGAACCAGAUGGCAUCCGUGUGGCCCCUGUUCCUCUCUAUAAUUCUUUCCAUGAUGUUUAUAAGUUUGUCAGACUGCUCACUGCCAUUCUUGACUCUACAGAAGCUAGCCACGUCUCCUAGAACAACUCAAGCAAAUCUCAUUUCACUGCUAUUGAAUUUUAGUCACUAAAAUGUAUCUAGAAAUUGAUUGCAUAGAACUGGUAGUAAUUAUAUAAACUUAGAUAAAACUUGAUAUAUUUUUGAUGACAGUGUUGCUGGGGAAUGUAGGGUCUCUGGGAGUGGGAAGUCAGAUAUUACAUGGCUCCAACCUGUGUCUUGAUCAGCUGUACAUUCCAUGGUCACUGAAUGGUCUCUUUAAUUUGUGAUUGAACUGACAACUUUAUAAUGUACAUGGGCUUCUUAUAGCAGCAUUGG